AACACCACAACAUGAGCGUCGAGUCUUGAAGGCCGGACGAAACGAUUUAAGAAUUUUUCAUUUCAACUUCGGGUACCGUUUUUACUUCUGUCGCUUCAAAAGCGUUUCUUCAGGCAUGAUUGAGAGACUGGUUUGCGUGGCACUUCUAUUUGCGUGCAGAACGUAUGCCUACUGGCCCAUAUCCAUCCCAAAUUCACCGGAAUGCAUACACGUGGUGGGUGCAGCUGCGGUCUGCGCGAUGAAGUUUAAUGAAACCCUACUCAGAGAGGUUUUCGAACGGGCCGCAAGCAAAUCGUUCGGCGAUAAGGUUUCGGAUUGCAUCGAGCAAAGCACCCCUGUCAACGAGUUGCAUCGUGGGUGCAGAAGCGAGGUUGCGAUGACGAUCGCGGCGCAUUGCUAUAGGAAGGAAGUGUUCCGCAUGAUGCCACGAGAUUACAAGUACGGAGUACUGGUGCUCCUGGAUGAGCUUGUGGAGUGCAUGGCGACCGAACUGCGACAGCCACUAUCGCUCUUGCGAUGAGCUGUUAAAUGCACUAGGUGAUUCAACGGCGACGAGACCGCUCCCAAACACGUGCGCUGCGUCAACGAAUGCACUAUAACAACUCGGGAUUGCAUGUAUAUUGCAGAUUGUUACUGGACGAUCCCACCGCCGACCUUAUACCGCAACACCCUAA